AUGUUUCCUCGGUCUGCUUUUGUCGUCUCCAAACACUGUGCCAUCAUCUGCCUAAAACCCGGCCUAGAGCUCACGAACACUGUCAUCUCUCGCGACGAACGCUGCAUCACUGCCUCUGUCAAGGACGCUCACCAAGUCAUCUGCCAAGUGGCUAAUGUGUACAUGCCAGCACAGGCAGCCAGUCGUCAUGCUUUCCUGCCAGAGCCAAUGUCCAUGCCCUUUUGGUCUGAUAUGCUCGACUUCCAGUGGAUUUUGCUUGGGGAUUUCAAUAUCCAUUUGCAUGAUGCGGGUGAAGCUCGUGGCCCAAAGAUCAAACCCUUCAUCGAAUGGUUAAAUACGCAUUUUCUAAACUGCUUCCCAAGAGGUACUAUGACUCUCCCUCGUGCAGGUUCUAUCAUUGAUUACAUUUUUGCGCCUCCUCGUAUGGCAACUCGUGUGCUCAAUGCUCAGCUUCAUCACAUCCCUCCGGCAUGA